AUGGAACAGGAGAGGAAAAGAAAUUUCUGUGCCUUUACUGUGUAUUUUGGAGGGGACAAUGAUGAAGAGAAGGCUCAGAGGGAAGAAACUGAGUCCAUGCAGGCAGCCUUUGAAAAAUUCAGAAGACAGCGACAGGAGGAAUUCAGGCGGCUGGCCAGGAGGAAAGAAACAGUGCCCCAAAGGCUGCAACAGCCUGAUGUUAGGUGGCAACUUCGCAUGAAGUUCCUCCAGCAAGCACGAUGCUACAUUGGGACGCCGUAUGCCAAGAAAUAUCACCAGCCUGGAAGUAAGAGGCAGCCUCAUGUCCAUGUGGAAAUCUGGUUGGGGGAAGGAGAACGCAGCCUGGGGGCCAGGUGGAAGCGCGGCCGAUUGCAGGUCUUUGAUUCCUACAAGUUCAUCUCCACCUCCUACGGAGACGUGAAAUAUCACUUCAGGUCCAUCGAGACGUGGCUGCGAGGCAUUUGUGUCAGCACUGCCCCGGUCCUGUUUGAGAGCACACUUGAACGACGGUCCUGCGAGGAUGGCCCCGCCCGAUCCCCCGUGCUUUUCCAAAGCCACUGUCCAGAACACAAAUGGGCUUCAGCGAGGGACGUUGUGGGGAAGAAAUCCAUUUUCUACCCGCCGAGCGAGCAGGACGAACCCGCAGAAGAGGAUGUUGGUCCUUCCCAAAGCAGGCCCUGCUUGCAACCUGCAGAAGAAGGGAUUCCUGGGAGGAUGGCUUCCACCGCGGGAUCUCUCGGGGACUCUGGACUGAGCAGUAGCAAGCAGGUGGAAGCCCUGGAUCUCCAGCCGUCCACCAGGUCGGGCUCGGAGCUCCCUAAGGUGACCUUGGGGAAAAGAGAUGGAGGUGCAGAGCCCAGCCAAGGCCAGGAUGAGGCGGUGAGCUUCAGCAGAGGAGGCGGCGAGGCUGCGGUGGAGGGGGAGCAGGCCCAGACAGAAGGGGGCGAGGAGGGUCCUGUGAAGGCUCCACCAGCCGAUCAAGGUCAGGAAGCUUCUGGCCACGGGGAGGACUCGGUCAGCGAGUUGGCCCAGACCUCCCAUUCCAGUUGCAAGGUAAACUCCAACGGGGUCUUAACGGGCCGCGUCGGCAAGUGGAAAAAGAAACAGACGUCCAGAAGCCGAGAUGUUCUGGGCCUGGAUGGACCUCCACCGCUAGCCCCAGAUCCCAAGGGUGUAGAAAACAGGCGAGAGAAACACGCCGCUAACUUUGAAAGCCAAACACUGAAAGACUGGAAGACAUACAAGCAAAGUGGUGUUCCCACCUUAGCCGAAGGGAAACUCACGAAUGAAGCCAAAUCCAAGAAGCGCAAAACCAUCCCAAAUGCGUCGCCCCGAAUGAGUCACCCGGAAGAGAAAAGAACGGAAGAAGCCCCCGGAUUGGGGCCUUUCUUUUACAUCGGAGGAGCUAAUGGGGUUGAAAUCCUGAAUCUCUACUGCAAAAGUAAAGGGUGGCACCGAAUCUAUGACAACCGGAGGGAAGACUACAUCUUGAAAUGGUGCGAGACCAAGUUGCGGGACACCUAUUACAACUUCCGAGAAGGAGAGCAGCUUCUCUACCAGAUCCCAAACAACAAGGUCCUUACGACAAAGAUUGGCUUAUUGAUGAGCCUCAGGGAAUAUGAACGGGUGAUGAGGAAGGUCAGCCGGACAACGAAAUUGAUCCGACUGGAAGAUUUUUUCCCCGAGACCUUCCGUCUGGACACCAAAGACGAGCGAGAAAUCUUCUUUGAAAUAUAUAGAGAACCUCACAUUUGGAUCUGCAAACCCACCGGCUCAAACCAAGGCCGAGGCAUCUUCCUCCUGAAAAGCCAAGCCGAGGUCCGAAGCUUGCAAGCCAGGCUCCAGAGCAUGGAGGAAGAUCCUUUGUAUAAGAAGUUGCCGUACAAACUGCCUCCGGCACGAAUUGUCCAAAGGUACAUUGACCAUCCGCUUCUCCUGGAGGGGAAGAAGUUUGACGUCCGCUCUUACUUGCUGAUCGCCUGCACGGUGCCGUACAUGGUCUUUUUCGGCCACGGUUAUGUCCGUCUCACGUGCCUCAACUACGAUCCCAGAUCGGAGGACCUCACUUCUCAUCUGACCAACCAGUACGUGCAAAAGAAGAGUCCCAUCUACACCCACGUCAAGGAGGAGACGGUAUGGCUGAUGGAGCGCUUCAACACCUAUGUCAACGAGAAGUUCAGGCAAACCAAAGGGCUCCCUAGAGACUGGGUCUUCAACGGCUUUACCAAGAGAAUGAAGGAGAUCAUGUUACAGUGUUUUCUGUCCGUCAAAUCCAAGCUGGACUGCAAACUGGGUUACUUCGAUCUCAUUGGCUGCGACUUCUUGAUCGAUGAAGACUUUAAGGUGUGGCUCUUGGAAAUGAAUGCCAACCCUGCGCUGCACACCAACUGCGGGACGUUGAGGAACGUGAUUCCCAAGGUGGUGAAUGAGACGCUGGAUCUGGCCAUCGAGAUCUUCACCAAGACUCAGAAGGCCCAGAACAUCUUACCCCUGGAGUCUCUGUGUCACUUUGUGCUCCUCUACAACGGCACGGCUUCUGACAACGGGCUCUCCCAGCCAGCCAAGAGCAGGACUUCCCUCAGUUCUCUAAAGAUCCCCCGGGCAAAUCCGGAGAAGGUCAACAGCAGCGCCGGGGGGCCCAGUCACCCGACGGAAAAGCAGCCGCCCCCCAAAGUCCCAGAGAAGGUGCCAAAGGGGGAUGUCAGAGUUGAAGCCAAGGGGGACCUUGCUGGAGCAAAUGAAGAGCUGUCCCUCCCACUCAGCAAAGGGGCCCGACGAAACCCCCUUCCCAUGCCCCAGAUUCAGAUCUCCAUCGUCCCCAGCCUGGCCUGCUGUCCUUCCGUCAAAGCCAUCCUCCGGGGCAACCAGGUUUGCGCCAGCGGCAACCAGUACAUCAUCAAGCCCGUUCCGGCUGCCCCCGACAGCAGCCUGAAGGCCGAGGGCGGUGAGGAGCCAGCCAAGGCACUCAGCAUCCCCCGCGGCAACUCCAAGGACAGGUCCUACACGACCUGGUUCCAGCAAACCUUCGGGGCCCAGCUGCAGUCCGCCGGCGGCAACGGUGCGGGGAGCCCCUUGACGAGCUCGCAGAUGCUCUCCCUUCACCUGCAGUCCAGCCUGCCCCCCAACUGCCUGCUUCUCCCGGAGUUCCCCAGGCCCUUGUCCCCGCUCGUGGUCCCCAAGGUGCCGACAGACAAUGGCACCCCCCCGGCCCUAGCCGUGAGCCAAAGUUGCCGUGAAUUGCCCCCAGAAGAUAAAAAGAUCUCCCACCGCGGCUCGUAAACCCCCACCCGCCCCGGUCGCUCGUGUAUUUCAAAAGCCCUCGUUUCCUUUUUCCUAUAAAGGACAAAACCAGGAAAAAAGAACGAAAAAAGAA